AUCACAGAGUAAGCUAAGCAUCGUCGGACGCGCACAGUUACUUGGCAGUUGAAAACUACGGCUCCUCCUAGUCACUGUCAUCGCUUGUGUUCUUGCUGUUGCUGCUGACUUGUGCUUCGUGCAGUUUCGGCUCGGCUUCUUUAUUACUCUCUCAAAGAGGCACAAGCGCAUUUCCUGUUCUACUGCCUCGAGUUGAAUCAACAAGUGGCUACGAGAUAAAAAUAUGGCUUACUCCUGGGACAACCGCUGCAACUUUGUCGUCAAAUAUCUUUAUGAUACCGACAGCAAUGGAGUGCUGGAGAAAAACGACUUCGAGUGCAUGGCCCUGAAGAUGACGGUCCUCGAAGGCAAAGGCAUAUUCAACGCCAGCCGCCAUCAGGAAAAUUUGCACGUCAUGCUGUCGCUCUGGGACGAGAUAUCUCAAAUCGCAGAUUUCAACAAAGACGGCAUGGUCACCACCGAGGAGUUCAAAGAUGCCGUCAAGAAGUGCUGCGUCGGCAAGUCUUACGCCGAAUUUCCCCAAGCCAUGAAGAUGUUUAUCGACAAUCACUUCAAAAUCGUCGACAUGAACGGAGACGGCGUUAUUGGAGUCGAGGAGUACCGAUACAACACCGUCACCCGAAUUCCAGUACCCAAAAUCGAAAUCAUCGACGAGGCUUACCAGAAGCUUCUCAAUGACGACGACAAGCGAAAAGGCGGAUUGACCCUGUCCCGCUACCAGGAGCUCUACGCGGCGUAUCUCGGCGACUCGGGCGACAACGUUCCAGCCGUCCAUCUGUUCGGCCCACUGCCCGACAACUGCUGAACUGUGUUGUGGCUAGCUUAGCUUCAGAGAAAACCAUUGCAAGGACUCAUUCUGCUUGUAAAAUACAUGUUAAAUUUUAUUACCAAGGCACACGGACAAAACAACGAAUGAUUUAUAUUAUGCCAUUGACAAACGAAAAAAAUACACGCACACACAUACACACACACACUACACACGUGCACCCGUUGUUUUGACCUACAAACGAUGACACGAGGUACAUUAUAAUAAUAAUAAUAAUAAUAUAUAGAUACUAUAUAUAAAUAUAAAUAUAUAUAUUUAAGUAUAUAUAUUUAUUAAAUGAAUAAUUAAACAUUUAUUUAAGUAUUCUUUUAUUUAUUUUAGCACAUGAUAACGAUGAUCCGAAAAAUUAACUUACGACGAAAUACGUUUAAAAACAAUUUAUCAAAUGAAUAGUAAUGUAAAACGACCUUUGGUAUGUAGCUUUUAUUUCAUAAAAAUUAUGCAAUUUGUCGUGAUAUUUGUCAUGUUGUUUUUCUUUCUCGUCGAUUUGGAGAUACACACCACGUAAUCAAUACGAUCGAUAUUAAAUAAAAUAAAUAUCUUUAGUGUAAAUAUAAUUUUGAUCGAGGGAGACCAUUGUUUUAAAAGGAAUUAGUCGACUUUUUUGAUUCACGUUAAUACGGUUAAAUCGUCAGAAUAAAAUUGGAAAAUAUUAGUACAAAAUUUGGGAAAAUUCUUUUAUACUUUAACUAUAACGCAUGUGAGAUUGACAUACAUCUUGGAUGCAUGUGCAAUAAAUUGAUCGCUUACCAGAUAACUUUUCAAAGCACACAUUUUGGUAAGCCGUUUUUAAAAAAUCGAUUUUGAUCUGACAAACAUUUUUAUUUUCUGCACUAAAAGCUGUUGAACAAUUUUCUUUUUUAUCCGCGAACACUUCAAUAUACACUCCUGUACUUUUCGUAAUUAAUGUAUAAAAUGAGGAAUGGCUUGGAGGUAACUAGAAUGAAAUAUCAUAAAAUAUACACACAC